AUGUCUCCACGUCGCCGUCCCAAGAUAUCUCUCUGGGCCCGUUUCCGAACGUGGCUUCGCUACGCACACUCACCCCUCCGACUACGUGGUAGUCUCAUCCGACUACGUGGUAGUCUCAUCCGACUCGGACAUCAGCACAAGUAUCCCCUGCUCACGCUCCUGCGCAUGUUCAUCCCCUAUCAGUCCUGGUUCUUCCCAAUCCCUGGUCCAUUUUCUCUCCGCGAGCUUAUCGAAGAUACAAAGAACGAGACGGGCAUUAUCGCAUCUCAUUUUGACGAUAUCCAUAAUCUCCGCGCUAUUCCUAUCUGGCGCAUGCGCGACACGCCCCUGCGAUCGAUUUACCGGCUCUAUGAGCUCCACCUCGCCGAUCAUUACGAGCUGGUGGGGUGGGAGACGGAAUAUUUCUUUUAUCGGCGAGACUGGAAGCUACGAGACAUACCAGACCCGAGAGAUCCUGACCCGCUUCGGUAUGCGAUUGUGGCCUCCAUUGUUGAAGAAUUACACGAGGCAGUAAAUUGGAGAUUGAGUCUGGGUCUGCGGAGGAAUCGAGUGCAUGUGUAUCGUGAAGAAGAUGGAGACCCGUGGCCACCUUUCACUCCGGAGGAACUGCCUGACUGGACAAGGAAGGUGGCCCCUAUUGAUAAGAAUCUACUGAGGCUGUCGGUGCCACCAGAAUCACUGGAUGCGCAGGGGAAUUUGGUGCUUGAAGCUAAUGGUAAAAGUCCCAAUUUUGCCAGGCGCAAUAUUAUCACAAACACGGGGUGGUUCUAUACUAUCUAA